AUGGAAGUUUAUGAUAAAGAUGUCAAGAGUUAUGUUUUUGUAGUUGAAGGUGAAGGCACCACUACAAAGAUGCAGCUUCCAAAGGACAACAAGCAAUCUUUACUACUUAUUCAACGUUAUUUAAUUCUACAACUAAUGGUUCCCUUAGGACAUGAUUUUUCCAUAGAAUUAAGCAUUAGCGAUAUGGGUAACAACAAGAGAAGACUGUUUUUAUCAUCAUCACAAAAAGAAAUAUCUAUAACUCCUCUCCAUGCUAAGAUACCUCUAAGUAUACCUGUACUGUCAAGGGGAAUGGUAUUAACCAUGCAGAAAAUAAGAUUGGCUGAAAUGAAGCUCAGGGGAGAACUAGUUGGUACAAGACCAGUGUCUACAUUAGAUCUGGAUCUUGGUGCUAGUCAGAAAGUUAAAAAUAAUGAUGUUCCUAUGCAUAUUGCAUUUGGUUCUAAAGUUCCUGUACCUUCAGUAUCUGCCAAAAAACCGUCCAUUGCAAGCAGAGAUGCUACUGGAAAUAGAACUAGUAGAUCAGUGUAUUCAAGAAUCCAAAGACCCGAUGAUGCAGAAUCAAAUAUCCCUGCGGAUCCAGAAACCAAUGAUGACAUGUUUGAACAAAGUGAGUUAGUGUCAGGGAGAGGUGUUGCCAUGGAAAAUCCAACCUUAAAACCACACCCACCCAGAGAAAAAUCAAGUGAAAGAUCUCGGCGGGUGGUAAGAGUGAGAAACGUGAAAGACACUGACAACAAACAUGGUGAUGAUGACACAGUCAGUCAUAGGAUAGGAUCUGGGGAUAAACAACGGCAAAUUAGGGAUGAAUCCAAGUUAAGUAAGACUGUGGAAGAGUCUUCACAGAGAAUAGGAUCAGGAGAGAUGAGAAAACGACAUAACCAUGUACAGUAUGCCGAUUCAGUUCACAUAGUUGAUGACAGUGGUCAUCAGUAUAGUGAAAAUGCAUCUGGUGUUGACAAUGUGCAUCUUAAUGGAGAUACUAGUGAAGGCUUCUCACAAGAAGAAGACAGUCAGAUUAAAAUAAAUGUAGAAAAUUCAGAUAUAUCAAGAGAUGAUUCCAGCGAUUUGAUCUAUACCUUCACAUCACCACCGAGAUCAACGCCAAUGAGAAAAGAUAAAUUAUUCACUGGUGUCAAUCAUAAAGCAAUAUUGACAAGUAUGAAAAAUGAAGUUGAACUUUUACGAGAAAGUCAACAAGCUCUGAUGGUGUCGAGGGGGGCAAGACCUGAAGAGGAUUUCUAUGCUGAUGAGGAUGACGAGAUCACUGAUGUCAUCAGGAAGCUUCAGAGACGAACACCCAGUCCUAGAUCACAGCAGCGGACCCCAAGUCCCAAUGGCCAGCUAUUGCAAGUACCUAACAAACACAGCACACCUGAUGAGCCAACCACACCAGGUACCAGUCAGUCAAGACUUAGUAUUAGCUCUAAAAGAGUACGGGAGAUUCCAAAAGAUGAUGCAAGAUUAUCAGCAGUUAGCCCUACUAGGGUGUCUUCGGAGUACGAUUGGCGGAAGUAUGCAUCUCCUGACAACUCGCUAUCAUCAUCGUUUGAAGCUAGUAUGCUUGCAAGUUUAAAAAGGCAGCAACUGGAAGAAAUGGAUGAAGAGGAUGAUGAAGAUUUUGACAAACCACGUUAUGAUCUUGAUCGACAUAACUAUGGCGGUGAUGACGACCUAAGCAGCUCUAGUGAUGAUACUAGCUUUAAUACAUGGAGAGGGCCUGUAUGUACCCUGUUAUAUUGUACAUGUAUGCUAGACACAAACAUUCAUGCGGGAAAUAUAAUGAUAUAA